AUGGCAGAAUGUCAGGCACAGGGCUCUGUUGUCACCUCUUGGCUCUUCCUUCUUUCAGGAAUGCUUUCAGAGGAGUUUAUUCGUGGGUUGCUUUAUCUGUCGCUCACAGUCGUGGGGGUUCCAGGUAAUGUUACUGUCAUCAUGGCGUUCCUCAUCAUGAUCUACAAAGAGAAGCGACUUCUUGCGGCUGACGCCAUCAUCCUGCACCUGGCCUGCGCCAACCUGCUGGUGGUGUCUGUGCGCUGUCUGCUGGAGACCCUGGCCUCGUUCCAUCUGGCCGACGUCUUUGGAGACGUCGGCUGCAAAGCAAUGAUCUUCGUCUUCCGAACGUCCCGCGCCCUGUCCAUCUGGCUCACCUUCCUCCUGAGCGCUUACCAGUGUCUGAGCAUCGCCCCUCCAGGAUCGUGGUGGGCCGCUGCCCGUGCCAUAUUGGCGCAAUAUUUAGUCUUUGUCUUUCUUUUCCUCUGGGUCCUAAACACCAGCAUGAGCUCAGCUGCCAUUUUGUUCACUUUCGGCACCAAAACCAACUCCAGUUUACCCCAAAACACGGUUAAUGUCAAAUUCUGCUACGUGAACUUCCCUACAAAAUUGUCCAAGGAUGCGAAUGGGGGAGCGCAACUUGGUCGAGAUGUGGUGCCAAUGGCCCUGAUGACUCUGGCCAGCCUGGUGAUCCUCGUCCUCCUCUACAAACACAGCCAGCAUGUGAGAGGGCUCAGGAGUGGCGGUGGGGCAGGCGGGGGGAGUGGUGGGGCCGAGCAGCGAGCUGCCAAAGUUGUAGUGGUGCUUGUGACUGUGUACGUGAUCCUCUACGGGGUUGACAACGGGCUGUGGGUUUACACCCUAACUGUGAGGAAGACAAUGCCUUCCUCGCUGAUCUCUGACUUGCGCGCAUUCUUUGCCUCUCUGUAUGCAGCGCUGAGCCCUCUGGUCAUCAUUGUGUCAAACAGGAAGGUGAAAAGCACUCUGAGGUUUGCAGCACAGAGGAAGUCUGUCCUGGAGAAAAACUAG